AGAAUUACUAAUGGAUUAGAAUUUACCAAUGGAUAUCAUCCAAGAACUUCAUUAUAAAUUGUAGAACUAUGUUGCAGAAUUGUGUCCCAAAAUUGCUUAAAAGUCUGAACAUUUACAAUAACAUUCAGAGCGCGUGUUUGUAAAAUCAGAACUUAGGGAUAUUAAUCUGAGUCUUUUUGUGAUCGUUCUCCACUUACUGAUCUGAUAAUAAGCUACUUCAAUAAAGUGCUUUAGUUGGCGUAUUCUGAGAUUCUUCAGUGACUUCUGUGCAAGAACCUGCGACCUUCUUGAUCGCAAUUCGAAACCUUAGUCAUUUACAAACUCUGCCUUAAAUGCCAAUCUUCUGUUGUUGCUGCAACACUAUUGCAGCACCCUAUUUUUGCUACCAGACUAACUUUAUCAUUACCAUCCAAAGACAGCAUUUAUGAGCGUUUGUGGUUACUGUGUCGAUGAAGUUGGUUUAUGUUGAUGAAUGAUUAGACAAAUUCGUUUCUGUUGUGAAGUUUUUGGCCCGGGAAAUUUCCUACUGCGUAUGUGCAAUUUUUAGGAUGAAGGGAACGUCCUUCGCUGUUCUCUGAUGGACGCUACUAUAAGUUCUGAAAAUGAAGGAUGAAUUACGAAGAGGUCAAUGGGCUAACAAAGCAGAAUUUCUACUAUCCCUCAUUGGCCUAGCUGUGGGUAUUGGGAAUAUAUGGAGAUUUCCAUACCGUGCAUACCAGAAUGGUGGAGGUGCUUAUAUGCUUGCAUAUAUUGUGAUGCUGCUAUUAGUAGGGAAACCUUUGUUCUUCGCUGAGCUUGCUUUAGGACAGUUUGCCAGUCUUGGUACUGUUAAGGUCUGGCGUUGUCUUCCAAUCGCUAAAGGUGUUGGCAUCGCAAUGGCUAUUGUUUCAGUUGUGAUUGCAAUUUAUUUCAACGUUGUUAUGUCUUACACCUUGUAUUACAUGGCCCAAUCACUGCGUACCGAUGUCCCUUGGAAAACUUGCAGCAGUUGGUGGGGGGCAGAUUACAACUGCUAUGUUCGCCAAAGUAAUCAGACUCUGUGUCGAGAGGUGACUAAAAACUUGGUUUCAAAAUACCUACAAUUAGACACUAUUCCAGAAGUACAAGAAGAUAUUCAGGCCGUAAAUAUCACAUGGAAAGAAAACACAAUAGCGAUAUCGUUGAAAGAAUACAACAACGCUUUCGCAAACUGCAACAAUAAAACCCAAACAGCAUCUGAGCAAUUCUGGGAAAAAUAUGUUCUUCAUAUAUCAUCUGGUUUAGGAGAGUUAGGUUCCAUCAAAUGGGAUUUAGCACUCUCUCUCUUUGUAUGCUGGGUCAUAGUUUACUUUGGUUUGGUGCGUGGUGUUAAAUCAUCCGGUAAGGUUGUUUACUUUACGGCGACUUUUCCCUAUGUCAUACUCAUUAUGAUGGUUGCUUAUGGCUGUUCUUUGCCAGGUGCAAUGGAGGGUUUGAAAUAUCUAUUUGUUCCAGAUUGGAAUAAGCUUUUUCACAUUCAGGUGUGGCGGACAGCAGCUGAACAAUUGUUGUACUCUCUUUCUAUAGGUUCUGGUUGCCUGAUUAUGCAAGCAAGCUACAAUGCAUUUGAUAACAAUAUAUACAGAGAUGCCAUGUUUGUUAGCUUACUGGAUUUUAUUACUAGUCUGCUUGGAGGAGUGACAAUUUUUUCUGUGCUUGGUAACUUGGCGACGGAAAUGAAUAUUGAUAUUAGCAUUGUAGUCAAAGGAGGACAGGGCUUAGCCUUCACCACCUAUCCAGAAGCAUUAGCAAGGCUUCCCGUACCUCAACUGUGGUCUGUGUCAUUUUUCUUCAUGCUAUUCUUGUUAGCUAUAGAUAGUCAAUUCUCCUACUUGGAAAGCUUCUUUACAGCCAUAUAUGAUGAAUUUCCCCUUCUCCAAAAGCGAAAAUCUCUCAUUAAUUUGUUCUUUUGCAUAAUUCUCUUCAUUUUGGGAUUGCCAUGCGUUACAGAGGGAGGCCAAUAUGUUUUUAAUUUGAUGGAUACAUAUGGAGGAGGCUUUGCUGGUAUAUGUGUAGCAAUGUGUGAAAUUAUAGCUCUCAUGUGGAUAUAUGGUGCAGAUAGAUUUUCAGAAGAUUUACAUUUUAUGUUAGGUUUUAAGCCAGGGAUUUACUGGAGAAUAUGUUGGAAAUACAUCUCUCCCUUUGUGUUGUUGUUUAUUGUAAUUUAUAGUAUGUGCACACACAAACUUAUUGAAUAUGGUGGCAUACCUUAUCCGCUUUGGGGCGACAGAAUUGGAUGGUGUCUAUAUCUUAUAUCAGUUUUACAAAUACCCAUAUGGGCAGGAAUACAGCUUUUUAAGCAUAGAAAGGAUUGGAAAAAAGCAUUCAAGCCUCAUGCUGAUUGGGGACCAGCAGAUUCAGAGAUAAGGCAGCGUUAUAAAUCUCAUUUCACUUCAAUGCAUGAAAAAGAAUAUGUGAUCAACACCAUUACUGACUGCAAUGGUAAAUUGGAGACUAAAUCUGCAUUGCAAAAUACCAUUGUGUGAAAGCAUUUGUGUAAUAGUUAAUGAAUGCGAAAUAGAACAAUAUUUAAAUAUUUUAAUACUUAAUCAAAACUCUAUUUCUAGCAUUAUUAAGAUUCAUAGAAUGUUAGUGUUUAGCAAUCAAACUGGUUGAUAUAUAUAAGCAUGAUUGAGUACAAUUGUGCAGAAUUCUAAGUGAAAGUGUAACAAAUAAUGAUUGAAUAAACUACAACUGAGAUCUGAUCAAAAAAUAUUUCUACACAACUUAUUUGUUAGAAUUUUCUUUCACCUGAUUUACUAAUAUAAGGUCUUAUAUAGUGGUGUAAUCUUUCUUUCAUGAUAUGUAGGCUUAAAAAAACAAACUUUUUUUUCUUCUGAAAUAUUUAUAUGAAUAAGAUUCAUGUUUAAAUGUGUUUAAUUUUUUAACAUAAAUAGCUAAUUGCUUUUUUCAAAGAAUAUUCAAGCUUAUUUUUUCCUUCUUUUAAAAUAAAAGUUUCUGAUUAGAUUCCUGAAAAAUUGAUUUUAUUGCAUACAAAUACAAUAGAGCAUUGUAAUCCUAGUCAGUGUAUUUUAGAUGAUGUUUUUAAGCUAUUAUCAAACUCGUGUACAGUGCGCCAAAAAAACCAAACUAACCACCCUGAAUAACUUUUUAUCUAAUGAUUGGAUUUCACAUUCUAGGACUCAAUCUCAAAUAUGCUAAUUAAUAAGUGCGAACAAUAUCUAAGUUAAGAAAUUAGAAAAAAAGUACUUUAUCUGAAUAAAGAUAACCUCCCCCCCGACGAAUUCAAAUUUCUGACCCCUAAUAUAUAGGGGGUAGCU